AUGCGUGCUGUCACGCUGUAUAAAAAGAAAAAUCAAUCUAAAAGAAAAGAGAGCAGACAACAUGGAACUGCUAAGAUGAUGGCACCACAGGAGAGAAUGAAAGCCAAGAUGCAGGAAAAGACCAAGAAGAAAACAGCUGAAAAAUUCACUAUUGAUCAGUUAUUGGAAAAGACUGAAGAGUGUAUAGACAACUUUGACUUUGGCAUGGCUAGGCUGUUUUGUGAGCGAGCACUGGACAUUGAACCCACUAACCUGACCAUCCUGGAUGUGCUGGGGAACAUAUGCGCUGAGCUGGGAGAUGUUGAGAAAGCCAAACAGAUAUUUCUGAAGGCCAUGGAGCUCAGUCCAAAUGAGGGCCACAGUAAAUACAUGUACCUGGGACAGAUUCAUACAGGCAUGGAGGCUGUUCAAUACUUUAGUAAAGGAACUGAGGUAAUGCUCAACACCAUGGACAAUCAGGCCAAUGAGGCUAAUGCAUUUGGAGCAGCUGCCUUCCCCUCUGAAGGUGCUGUCACAAAGAAGGACGUGUCUGUGGCCUUCUGUUCCAUCGCUGAGAUCUUCUUCACUGAUCUCUACAUGGAGGAGGGUGCUGCUGACCGCUGUAAGGAGGCCAUCUACAAAGCUCUACAGUUCAAUGAACACAACCCUGAAGCCCUGCAACUCAUGGCCAGCUACCUGUUCAGCAUUGCGAAAACAGAGGAGGGCCAUGAGUGCCUUAAGAAGAGUGUGUCGUCAUGGUUACCUAGUCUACAGAAAAAGGAAGAGUCAUCAGCAAGAGCAGAGCAUGACACGGAGGAGGAGGAGGAAGAUGAGAAAAAGAACAACAUUCCACCUUAUGAAUCCAGAAUAACAACAGCCAAACUGCUGAUUGAGGCUGAGGAGUACGAGAUGGCCACAGAGGGGCUGGAGGAUCUUUUAGGGGAGGAUGAUGAGGUCGUGCAAGAAAGUGUAUGGUAUCUUUUAGGAUGGCUAUUUUAUUUGCAACUUGACAAACAAGACUUGACAAACAACCCGGUGAACUUAAAAAAAAAAUCAGCCUGGACAUAUCUUACCAAGGCCAAAAAAGAUCAUGGUGUGGGUGCUGUUUGUGAAGAUGCACCCAUGUUAGAGCACACAAAGCAACUGUUAGCCGAGCUGGGUGGAGAAGGGUAUGAAGCUGAGGUUGAUGAUGACGAUGAUGAAGCUGGACCCUCUCUAGAGGACAUUGAGGAUAAUUUUAUUCAAAGCAAUGAUGAAGAGGAGGAUGCAAUGGAUCACCGACCGAACACUUUUCACUCUUGUUUAUUCUAA